AUGAAUGCUUGCUGCAACUUCUCCUCAUUAUUAUUAUUAUUGCCAAUUAUUAUAUUUUUGUUUAGAUCACCAAAACUAAAACGCUGCCGUUUUAGACGAGGCGAAGAUGUUUUUGUUUUUUCUUGCAUAAACCCUGUUCUCUGUAGAAUUAUCGGAGAAAAAAUGGCGUUGGCUUUAUCAUCGUCGCUGAAAGCUUUCGCCUCUCCACAGAGCUGGCCGUCUUUUCAAACUAAUCGAUUCGUCGCCGGAAACCUAAGGCCGUACAGUCUAUUGCUCCCACGUCACUCUCUUUCUACUUCUCUACUCGCUUUCUCUCGCCGGCGAAGUCGGAACUCUGACGUCUCUCCGUCUUCUGAUUCGAAGAAGAAAAAAAAGAAAAAUUCAAGUAAGGAGGAUGAAGAUGAGGAUGCAUUUGAGGCGCUCUUCAACAUGCUGGAAGAAGACCUAAAAAAUGAUAAAUCAUUCGGAAGUGAUGAAGAUGACGAAGACAUAAGUGAAGAGGAUUUCGAACAACUUCAACGCGAGUUAGAGGCUGUGCUAGGAAUUGGUGAGGAUGAUGACGAUGUCGUGGAUGUUGAAUUACAGAGCUCGGACGCAACUGAUACGAAACACGAUAACGAUGACGAUGACGUGGAUGAGGAGGAGGAGGAAGUACCAGUAAAGCUGAAGAACUGGCAAAUGCGAAGGUUAGCUCGUGUUUUAAAGAAUGGUCGCCGGAAAACUAGUAUUAAGAGUCUUGCUGCUGAGCUUUGUCUUGAUAGGGCUGUUGUUCUUGAGUUGCUUCGCGAUCCCCCUCCGAAUCUUGUUAUGUUGAGUGCUGGUUUGCGUGAUGAGCCAGAACCAGCGCCGCUAUUGCCGGAAGCUAAACCGAUUGAAAUUACUCCGGUGGAGAUAACGACAGUGGAGGAUGUGAAGUCUGAUGGUGACAAAAAAUUGCCAGUUCAUGUUAUGAGGGAGAGCUGGUCUGCUCAUAAAAGAAUUAAGAAAGUACAUCUUGAAACUCUUGAAAGAGUAUAUAGAAGAUCAAAGAGACCCACUAAUGCAAUGGUUAGCAGCAUUGUUCAAGUGACAAAUCUGCCUCGGAAAAAAGUGGUUAAAUGGUUCGAAGAUAAACGCAAUGAAGAUGAGGUUCCUGAAACACAUCUCCCAUAUCAAAGGCUCAAGAGCAUGGCAACUUUGCAAAGGUCGAGUAAGGUUUUCCGGAGGCAAGGUUCAUCGGGAGAAAUAUGGGACGGAAGUUUUUCGUUAGGAGAUGAUAAGACAGAUUACAAAGAGCUAAGACCAUGCCAAAGCGGUUCGAACAUUAGAAACAUGGAUUGUAGCAGCAGCUCCAUUGCUGCACCAAGUUCUUGUCCUCGCAGCUUGUCAACGCCGGCAAUGAAGCAAACUUCUUGUAAAGGCUCUGCCAUCGAAAACCAUUCGGGUUUACCCAUUCUGAAAUCCCGGUCGGGAAGUAGAAAUCUGCUUUUAGGGAUACUUUCCGGUCACAAGUAGUGAUUUUAUUCUGUAAUCAUAGGCAUGUUGUUGUUGUUGCUGCUGCUGCUUUCAUUUAUUUAUUUCAUACUUUUUUUAUUA